AUGGAAAAUAUUUAUAAUGACAUGGAAGAGUAUGGCAAAAUAUGCCAAUUGUAUCAAGAGAAAAAACAAAAGAAAGAAAAGAAAAAAAAUAAAGAUGAUGAUAAUGAAGAAAAUAUUUUAGAUGAAGAUAUCCUUUGGAUGUAUGAAACAAAAGAAGAAAAAGAAAUAAAGGAACAAGAAGAAUAUCUGCUUGGAAAAAAAAUUGAUAUGCAAAAACUAAUGCAAGAUGAUGAAGAAGAAAAAGAUCAAGGCGGAAUAUUAAAUAAAAAUAAUAAUAAUAAUAAUAAAAACAAUAUUGAUAAUUUAAAUAAAAUUAGAGAAGAUCCAUUAACAUUAAUUAAAAAAAUUGAAUUAAAAAAAAAAAAAAUGAUGGAUGAACAAAAAAGAUUAUUAGACCUACAAGAAUCCAGAGAAAAUCAACAAACCAAAUAUGAUAUAAAUAAAACAAACUCAAGACCAAUAAAAAAAGUGAAAGAUUGUGAAGAGGAAUUAAGGAGGAAAAUAAAUAAACUUAAAGAAAUGAAUAGAGAAAGAGAGAGGAAGAGAAAAAAAAGAAAUAAAGACAGAAAGAAAAAAGAAAGAAGUGAAAAAAAAUAUUCAAAUAGCGAAAUGCAUGAUACAAGUAAUGAAUCUUAUACAAACAGUGAUACAUAUGAUAAUACAGUAACUAGUACAAAUAUAGAAACCAAUAUGGAAAGUGAAAGGAAAAAAUAUCAGCAUGAAAGGUUUAGUGAUAUGGAAAGGGAAAUAAAAAGAAGACGAAAAGAUGAAAAGGAAAGAGAUAGGGAAAGAGAUAGGGAGAGAGAAAGGGAAAGGGAAAGAGAAAGAGAAAGAGAACGAGAACGAGAAAGACGAAGGUAUGUGGAGAGGGAAAAAAGGAGAAUUAUGGAAAGGGAAAGAAGAAGAGCUAUGGAAAGACAAGAAGAAAUGGAAAGAGAAAGAGAAAGAGAAAGAGAAUGGGAAAGAGAACGAGAAAGAAAAAGAAGAAAGGAACUGGAAAGAGAGAGAAGAAAAGAAAUGGAAAGGAGAAAAGAACUGGAAAGAGAAAGGAGAAAAUAUAUUGAUAAAGAAAGAACAAAAAGAUAUAUAAGAAGUAAUAGUUCUAGUAUAUAUAAUGAUCGAGAAAGAAAAAAAUAUGAAGAUAGAAAAAGAAAAAAAAAAAAUCAUUUAAGAAGUAUAAGUCAAAGUACAUAUAGUUAUGAUAAAAGAGAAAGAAAAAAAUAUACAGAUAGAGAUAGAGAUAAAAGAAGAGAUACAAAAAGUUCAAGUAUCAGUUAUCUUGAAAAAGAAAGAAAGAAAAAAAAUAAUAAAAAAAAAGAAAGGAAAAAAAAUGUAUCCAGUGACAAUUCACAAAGUGAUAAUAAAACUCUAAAGGAUAAAAAGGAAAAGAAAAAAAAAGAAAGGGAACAAUUUAAACAAAAGGAAAAUCAUGAUAAUUUAAAUAGUGCAAGUAAUGAACAUGUAUCUUAUGAAAGUGAUACAUAUGAAAUUAAUAAAAAUGAUAAAGAAAUAAACAGCCAAAGUGAUAAAGAAAUAAACAGCCAAAGUGAUAAAGAAAUAAACAGCCAAAGUGAUAAAGAAAUAAACAGCCAAA